CCUGUAACCACGUUUUUUCCAAUUCACCUUACAGGCAUGAUAGAGUUUAAAUUUCGUAUUCCUGAAGAUGCAAGAUUGUAGGCCCACAUUUCGUAAUGUAGCAACCUCAAGCUGGUGAAGACUGUGAUGGACCAUUUCGAUGAGCGGCAACGGGAGAACUUUCGCAACUCCUCCCUCGGGUAUCUGGCCGAGGUUCCGGUUAUUCAAUUCUCUGCCCAACUCAUCCAGCAGCUAUGGUUCAGCACACAAGGGCACCUCACGAGAUUUGGUCUACAGGAGUACACGCUUGUGACGGGGUUAAGAUGCGGUUCAUUCCCAGAGGGUGCUGAAUACGAACGAGUGCUACAGAGGAGGAGGUUGAAAGAGAGGUACUUUAAAUCCAAUGACAAGAUUUCUUUGGCUCAACUCCAGUCUGCUAUGGCCCGAUCUUUGACGCCCCGAGCUAAUCGCUGCAAGCUAGGGCUGGUUCUAAUUCUCGAGGGACUUUUCAAUGCUCCGAAUAAUAAUGUCGGUAUCCAUUUGCCUACACUAUCAAUUGUGGACGACCUCGACAUAUUUUUUGCCUACCCUUGGGGUAGGGUCGGAUAUAGGCGUCUGUUGCACGGAUUUCGGGGUACUUGGGCAAAAAUAUUCUAAAAGGCGAAGAGGAGGAAGGAGAAGGAGAUUACUUACACGGUCUACGGCUUCCCCAUCGCCAUGCAGGUAUGGGCGUACGAGGCGCUUCCGGAGGUUGGGGAACGUUUUGAUGAGCAAGUAGGCGAACGACUGCACGACUUCUUCGCUGGUCGGCACGAAAAUAGCUACAGCAUCGUACGUACGAUGCAUUCUUCAAGAAU